AUGGAGGAGCCCGGGAGGAGGUGGAGGGCGGCCGGCUGUGGAUGGCUCCGACAGUCGCUGCUGCUGUGUCUGUUCUCAGGAAGUACUGAAGCCCUUUGCGAAGGAUGUCUAGAGUACUGCUGCGACGGAUCGCCACCGUUCUGCUGCUCCUACUACGCCUACGUGGGGGACGUCCUUUCGGGCACCGCCAUCUCCGGCAUCGUGUUCGGCGUGGUCUUCCUGAUGGGGGCGGUGGCGGCCCUGUUCCUGUGCGUGUGCAUGUGCAUGAAGAACGGGCGCGGCGCGCGGGUCGGCGUGUUCAGCACCAUCAGCACCGUGACCCAGGGCUUUCCAGGUCCUCCGCCUCCGUACAGCUCUGAUUACGAGAUGCACCCUCCGCCCUACACCCCGACUCCGCCUCAGCAGGGUAGCUGCUCGCCGCCACCACCUUACCCCGGCUGCCCCCACAAGUAGACUCUUCUUUCAUCUCCUGGAUUUGGACCUGGAGGUCCAGCACAGGUGCAUUUUGGGUGUCGGCUUAUAAAAACUGUCCGCUCUGCGAUAACGUCCGUUUGAGGGGACAAUGUGUGUCGGGAUCGGGUCUGAAAGACUUUACGGUCCCGUCCUGACCCUUCACCGAGCUUCCUGUGCACCUCAAAAGUACGACCGUGCAUUGAUGGAGGUGAA